CAAUAGCGAAUUGUUACUGCUAUAGUUAAAUAGUUCGAUUCACAACUUUCAAAAAAGAGUUUGCGAUUCCUUAAUCAGCUGUUAAUGACAAAUUAACUGUUACAGAGACUGGGAGUGCACAAAAUUGAGCAUUUACGUAAAUUAUAUUGUUAAUGUGAUUGGAGAUUUUAAGAGCAGUUAGAAUUUUAGUGACACUCACUGCAAGCUCGAUUAUUUAUUAUAUAAUAUAUGUUUAUGUUCUAUUUUCAAAAUUAACUGCAAGCUUUGUAUUCUUAAUAAAGGUGACUAAUAAUAUUUGGUUUUAAAAAUGGAUUAUCAAAGUUCGAGGUCAAAGAAAAAAUCAAGCAGAAAAAGUCCAAGAAAAAAAGCUGCUGCUGUAGCCACAAGUAAUGGGGCAGCUGAUUCAACAAAUGGUUUUGAUUCUGAUGGUGACUGUGAAAGUGUCAAGAGUUUUGCAAGCUCGGUUGAUAGCUUUAUGCCUGAUGAUAACACAGAAGAUGGUAUAGAUUAUCAUGAAGACUUUGAAAAUAAAUUACUUGAAAGCAUUGAAGGUGCACGGCAAAAGGGUGCAAGAGCCAGACAGGCUUGUUUGUUGGAAGUUAAAAAAGGACUCUGUAGAAGAUACAUCAAUGAUAUUAUUAUUACAAGAAAAGAAACUAUACUAGAUUUUGUGGAAAAGCUUUUAAAAAAAGGUCAACAGGAAGACCGCAUACUUUCAGCCGCGAUAAGUUGUGCAUUAUGUAUACAGCUGGGUGAUGGUGAAUCAUUAAAAAUCUUCGAGACACUAAAGCCCAUAUUGAUUAGCUUGAUUAAUGAUGACUCUGUGUCACCAUCAGCCAGAGCUAGCGCUGCUUCAGCUUUAGGGUUGUGUUGUUUUAUUGGAGCUGAAGAAAUGGAGGAUAUAGCUGACUGCUUGACAGCAUUAAAAGGAAUAUUUUUUAAAAAAGUUCCUGCUGAUACUUCUGCGCAUAUCACGUUUGCAAACUCUUUGAUGGCCUGGGGUUUGCUACUGACUGUUGCUUCACAAUCAGUUGUGGAGGAGCAAAUUGAAAAUUGCGUUCCAGUUAUAUGCAAAUUAUUAGAGCUUGGUGGUUUAAACUUAAGAAUAGCCGCAGGUGAAACAGUUGCUCUUAUGUACGAGUUGGGAAGACAGAGUGAUGUAUUUUUCUCUGGACCUGUGCAUAAAUUGUACGAUUUAUUAAGAGAACUAGCUAAUGAAAGUGGAAGACACAAAGGAAAACGCGAAAAGCGACAGCAAAAAUCGAGUUUUAGAGAUAUCUGGAAAUCUGUAGAGAGUAAAAUCGCACCAGAUGAGACGAUAAAGUUUGGUAUGGAAUACAUACAAAUGACGUCAUGGACAUGGUUAAGAAGAUAUAAUGCUUUCAAAGAUGCAUUAGGUUCAGGCACCAACACUCAUUUAGAGUCAAAUAUGCUUCUGAGAGAGAUUUUUGAUUUGGGUAUACCUGUUACUAAAGAAAUGAAACAAUCAAAAGCAUCUAAAUACGAGAAGCAACUUAUGAACGCUGCAACUUCGAAAACGAGAACUCAAAAAAGAAAUCAUCGGCGAGAUAAUAAACAUUCUGCAGCUAAUAUUUAGUUUGCUUUAUUUAUACUAAAGAUAUUUUAAUUGAAAAUUAUUUUAUGAGGUCAUGGUAUCAUAUCAGUUACCUUACUUGUUCUGGUUGAAAUUUGCGCAGCCUGAAAUUUGCGCAGCCUAAAAUUUGCGCGGAAUCAAUUUAACAAGCCUUCUGCGGAUUUCAGCAUAAGCUAGGUAAAUAUUUCCAUUUUAUAGCAUAUGUGAAUAGCAUAUCUACUGUAGGAGUUCUUCUCCUCUCGUGUGUUUUACUACAGCAUUAAAUGUAAUUUUUAAUUGGGAAUUACCAAAUCAUGAUACCUCUAAAUGCUGCUUUAUAGAUGUGUAUAAACUUAGGUUUGGAAAUUUCUAAAAUUCUUUAAUUUUUCCAAUUUUUUAUAUGCAAGCAAAAGAAACUUGUGUGAAGCAUUCGAGUUUUACAUACCGAAGUUUUAUUAAAUCCUCUUUCAACUCAUAGAAUGGUAUCUUUUAUUAAAAAACGUUUUAGUGUAUCAUUAUUUAUUUUGAAGAAGUAAAAUAUCUUGUAACAAUUUACCAUCUGAAAAGUUUUAUUUCACCUGUCAUUCUUAGGAUUUCCUCGCCAACAAUAAGCUUUAUACAGUGAAACCUCUUAGCGUACACCAUCGGGUCACAAAAGUGUAGGCGAUGAAGAGGUGUCCGCAACAGUUUCCUCUGAAAUUAGCUUAUAUUGCUUCAAAAACCUGCUCUGUUGUGUUAAAGUACGGUGAAAUCGAGUGAAGUUUGUCAAUGGGUGAAAGAUAUUGUAGCGCAGACAAAAAGGUACGAGGGAACAAAUAGUACAGUGGAACUCUCAAGGGACCGACAAAAAAGUUCGAGAUAACGGGUAGUCGCCUUCAACGCUUGAAAUGCCGGUACUUGUUUACGGAAGUUUAGUUCUUGAUUAUUAGAUUGUUUGGCCGAAAACAAGGAAUGGAAAAAAGAUACAAUAUAAACAUUCGAAAGUCACUUUUAUAUAUUAAUCGAACUUUUAGAUUUUUUUUUUGUUUGUUUGAAAAAUAAGGAGAAAGUCCCAGAUAACAUGAGCUGAAGGGACCGGAAAAAUAGUACAACAAAGUGAAAGUUAGAGAUAAAACGGAGGUUGAUAUAUAGAACGAAAUUUUGCCUUUAUAAGAGAUUGCAAUGGACUGAAGUGAAAGAUAGGUUGUUUUUAAGAAAAAAUGCGAUUAUAAAACUAACCUCGUCCCUCAGAGAAAUAGUGUCCAGAUUCUUAGAAGCUGCGUCUACAGGAACAUAAAUGGCCGCUUAUGUUCGUCUCGCCGUCAGGUACAAAAAGAGACAAAAAGUCCUGGGGUCGAGGUUGUACAACCCGGAUUAAAUUCGUGCUUCGCUUACUUUGCCCUCCGUAAAUAAUACGGUCACGUAAUAAAAGACUCUCAGUAGUAAAAAAACAAAAUAACCAGAGACCAACAAGAAAGCGUCAAGUUUUUAUUUAAUCUUUGGACUUUUAACGCCAGCUUUGCUACAAUCAGCAAGCACAUUUCAGUUCUCCCCCAGUUAAUCUCUUUAGGGUAUACUCUUGGUGGGUACUCUAACAGGUUGUUCAAAAGAUUGAGUAGUUGUUGCAAACUGUUGUCAUGCAUCCUCUGCAAGUUUUCGUACCAGCAAAGUCUGUUCCAGUGUGUUAUUUUCCUAAGAUAAGAUCAGGUUAACACGUCUCUUAUAUAAGAGAUUCUUUGUGCAGCUUACAUAGCUUUUGGUUGAGCAAAUCCAUUUUAACAGAUAAUUUUCGCUCUGAGUCAUUGCAGGCCCUCAGCUAUCAGCAGAGAGGGUGCCGAUAAGCCGCAUACGCCGUAAAAAGUGCGGGGGAGUUCGGCGUUUUGAAAAAAAAUAUAAGGAUUCGCCCGAAAAAACCCGCAUAGGCCCGAACAAUGCCCGAAAAAGAAAAUAAAAACAGACACUAAUGUGAUUCAAAAAAACUAUAAAAAUUAAAAUAAACUUACUAUGUGGUAGUGAAGUUCUUAAAAGAACUGUUUUUGAUGGUUUUUGAUAAAGUUUACUUUAUAAAUAACUUAUAUAUAUAAUAUAUUAACCCCUUUCUCUUCAAGCGCCUUCUUCCCAAAUAUCGUCCGCAUGGUUUGUUACAAGGAAUUGCAUUUCGGGAAUGUUCCGGGCGAUUUCGAGAAAGUGCGGGCGAUUUCGGGGGGCAAACGCCAAUUUUAUUCGAAAAGUCGCCCGUAUAUAUGCGGGCGUUUGCGGCAAAAGUAGGAAUAAGAUUGUGAGGAAAAUUAUUAUAAUUUGAAAUAUUGUCAAAGGGAAAUGAUUUAUCGUUACCGUCUUUAUUGAUUUGCGGAAAUGAAACUAUUGAAUCCUGAUGAUGGGGUAAAGUUUAUUUUGACAUCAUCUGCAGAGAAAACUUCCAUUUGGUUUUGAUUACUGUAAAGCUUGAAUAAGCGCCCCAAGGUUUUGGAAAUAUUUGUAAAUAAGCACCCCUGCUCUAAAAGCGCUCCCUCCCCGCACUUAUUUGGAACGGCACAAAAAGCAACGAUUCUUAUUAUGACUAUGAAUUACUCACAAUAAACAAAGACAACGACAAUAAAGAUGAAGAUAAAAAUAUUAAAAUUUUAUAAAAGAUACAUUAUUACUAUUAUAUUUCUUUAUUUUUUGUUGUAUUUCUAUUUUUUAUUUAUAAAUGCUGUGAGAAUGAAGUUUAAAAUAAUUUGCUUUUCUGAAAAAAUGUUAAUAAGUGCCCCUGCUGAAAUAACUGCAUCUGUCCAAUAAGCACCCCUUGUCAAGAUGAAAUUUUUAAAUAAUUGUACCAGGCGCUUAAUUUGUUAUUUUUCCGUUUACACCAUUUAAGGUAUCCAAUGCUGACAGCUGCCACAAAAGAUGGGUUUCCACUGACAAUGUUCCUACAAACAACACUAGAAAACUUUCCUGUUUCUUUUUUGGUCUGCUAUCACUGAUAGUAGACCAGAAAAAGAAGUGUGAUGUAUGGCUUAAGUUUUAGCGUUAUUCACUCUAAGUCUGAUAGACUCUAGACUACCAGCAUUAAUUGCAAGGUCAUCAGCUAAGAGAAAUUCCCAAAGGCAACCAGUUCUAAAGACAUUGAAUACAUAAACCUUUAGACUUAAUAGUGUUGAAUCUCUCUGCAGGAGUCAUUUUAGCAAACUUUUGACAUGCAAAGUACUGAAUAAUUUUAGUACCAUUUGGACCAUUGGUUGCAAUAUGAGUACUAGAAGAUUCAUUACAAAUGUGCCAUUAUGUGGUCUUCAUCGCUUUGCCUAUCAUUUAUAUGGUGACUUUUGUACCUAUCUCUCGAAUCAUUGCAAUAUUUUUUUUUAUCUUUUUUGUACUCAGGAGCCUGAUGCCUAGUAACCAAAGCUGUCUCUUGUUGUAUCCUUAAUGCCUUCUCAAGAAAUAAAAUCAAUCUCUCUCACUUUUCAGGUUCUUGUAAUUUUCCCUCACAGAUAGAAGACAACCACGUAGUAAUCUCCCAUAAUAUGGUAAAUCAUAUUCAAUCCAUCAUCAAAAUUAAGCCUAUUUUGAAUAUUAUGAACUUUGGACAGAGAAAGAAUAUCCUGGAGUAAUGUAAUAAGUUUUAAUAAACCGUGUUGCAAAGUAUCAGGACUUUUUAAUUUCCAUAGUGGACCAAAUUUUUUAACAUCUCUGAGUUUCUUUUGAAGCAUUGUUUUGGAAUCAUCAAAUGCUCUUUUUAAUCUAAUCCAAAUAUCCUCAAUAUUUUCAAGACCUUUCACUAAAGACAGCGCAGGUUCGUCAAGAUGAUUAUUUUUAAGUAAGUCUGGUAACAAUUUUAAAGGUGUUGUUUUUAAUUGAGAUUUGAUGAACUAAACAAUUUCCCUUUGGAUAACUCCCUGGUUUGAAUUUCAGUUUUAAGAUUUUCGACGUAUUCUUUCUUUUGAAUAUUAUUGAAAAUUUUUCAUAAGCUUCUAUUAUCGUUUGCAAAACACUUUUCUUAUCUGGAUAUUCAGGCAGGACAGUGUCCAACAAAUACUGGAUUUUCUUUGUUAAUUUUUCACAUUGACAAAGUUUAAGUUGUAAAUUUGAUUCCUUUUUAACUAUUUCAUCGUGUCUUUGGUGACUAGAAAAUCUUUUAAAAGUUCGUUUAUUAUGCGAAAAAUUUGAUUGAUGACAAAACCGGUGGUUUCAAUUUUUUGUUUUGUAAUUUCAAAAUGAUGUUUUUUGUUGAAAUUUCUUUAUUGGUAUAAUCCGCUUUCUCUUUUGCUCUAGUUAAUUUUCUCAGAUCUUUGCCAGACUUGAUAUAAGUUUUGUUGUUAGCAAAAGACAUUUCAAUGUUUUUAGCAAAUUCUGCUUCGAAUUUAGUUUCACCAAUAUUUACUUUGAUUUGAUUAGAAAGCGAACGCAAAUUUAACCUUUUAAUCUCGAUUUUUUCAACACAAAUAUCAAUAUCUGAAAUAGCAGCAGCAAAUGAGUCGAUUUAGCAAAUGAGUCAUUUAUCUUGGCAAGUAAAGCAUUAAUUUCGACAAUUUUAUCGUUUGCCAUACCGUAUUUCCUCUAAAGAACGCCGCCCUCUAAAGAACGCCGCCCUCCAAAGAACGCCGCACCUUAGAUGCAGCGUUUAUUAGAAAAAAACCAUUUUAAUAGGGAAAGUAAAAAAAGUUGGUAUUUAUAUGAAUUUGAUCUGUUUUCUUUCACAAAAUUCUUCUACAUCUAACGACAAAUACGAAUAUUUAGUUUUACGCUUUAACAGUUAACUGUGAAGAAUUUUAGCAUAACUUUUGCUAGAUGUAAAACAAAUGAACUUUGCAGGUACACUCAAACCAAUCUCUUGUUUUCGUUUCCCAGUAACUGUCGCAUUUACAUGAUUAUCUCCAAUUUCAAUAAAAAACGAUAUCAGCUUUGACAACUCUAUUGGAUGAACGAGGAACUCACCUUACACUAUGUGCAAACAGUUUUAGGAAAGUUUUCCUUUAAUCGACGCUUGUUAGCUUGGGAUUCAUUUGAAUGCCACAUGAUGGAUUCCGUGAAACAAGAAUUGUCAAAAGGCAGAAUUGAGAAUGUCAUAAUUCCCGGUGGCUGCACUAAAUAUAUACAGGCACCAGAUGUCUCAUGGAAUAAACCAUUUAAGAGUCGGAUGAUCGAUCUUUAUAACGAAUGGAUGGUUGAAGGUGUUCAACAGUUCACAAAAGGAGGAAACCAGAAACCUCCAUCGCGACGAAAGCUAGUGCAAUGGGUUUUAGACGCAUGGAAUGGCUUGAGCACGGAAAUGAUUAUCAAAUCUUUCAAGUCGUGUGGUUUAAAUUUAGCUCUUGAUGGAUCAGAGGAUGGACAAAUCCAUUGUUUUAAAGAAGGAUCGUCCUGUUCAUCUGGUGCUACCUUAAUGAAAAAAGCAACUGAGGCAUUGGAAGAAGACCAAUCUUCUGACAACCCAUUUGAAAUUUACGAUUGUGAUGUAAAUGAAAGCUAUGAGUCCUUUCAUGUUAUCGACGAAGACUCGGACGGAGAUAGCGACAUUGACAUUGACAUUGUUUAAUAGACUUUUCAUAGUUUAAUUCUUUUGUUAUCUAUAUUUAAUCUUAAAGAAAAUACUUAACAUCAA